AUGAAGACUUUUGCCAGUUUUCAGGUGCUUGCGUUGUCUUUAUUUUCUAAAGGAGUUUUGCUUUCUUCAAGCGACCACAACUUUGUGAGGAAAGAAAUAAAGUUUGAAGGGGACUUGGUUCUGGGUGGGUUAUUUCCAAUAAAUGAAAAAGGAGGGGGCGUCGAAGAGUGUGGCCGGAUAAACGAGGAGCGAGGCAUUCAGCGACUAGAGGCCAUGCUUUUUGCAAUUGAUCAGAUUAAUAGAGACAGUUUCCUUCUUCCUGGCAUCAAAUUAGGAGUUCAUAUUUUAGAUACCUGCUCGAGGGACACGUACGCAUUAGAACAGUCUCUGGAGUUCGUCCGAGCCUCAUUAACAAAAGUUGAUGAAACAGAGUACAUGUGCCCAGAUGGAUCAUAUGCAAUACAAGAAAACAGCCCAUUACUUAUUGCAGGGGUAAUUGGCGGAUCCUACAGCAGCGUUUCAAUACAGGUCGCAAAUUUGCUGAGGCUGUUUCAUAUUCCGCAGAUUAGCUAUGCUUCCACCAGUGCCAAGCUCAGUGACAAAUCCCGUUAUGACUAUUUUGCAAGGACGGUGCCACCAGACUUCUAUCAAGCAAAGGCAAUGGCCGAGAUAUUGCGUUUCUUUAACUGGACAUAUGUCUCUACAGUUGCAUCAGAAGGAGAUUAUGGUGAGACAGGAAUUGAAGCCUUCGAACAAGAAGCAAGGCUGAGGAAUAUUUGCAUUGCCACUUCAGAAAAAGUUGGGAGAUCAAAUUUCAAAAAGUCAUAUGAUAAUGCUAUUAGGGAACUAUUACAAAAACCAAAUGCUAGAGUAGUAGUGCUUUUUAUGAGGAGUGAUGAUACCAGAGAACUCCUGGCUGCAGCCAACAGAUUUAAUGCUUCCUUCACAUGGAUCGCCAGUGACGGGUGGGGAGCUCAAGAGAGUAUUGUCAAGGGCAACGAACACAUUGCUUAUGGUGCAAUAACUUUGGAACUUGCCUCUCAUCCAGUUAGGGAAUUUGACAAGUAUUUUAAAAGCCUUAAUCCGAAUAAUAAUUAUCGUAAUCCUUGGUUUAAGGAUUUUUGGCAGCAAAAAUUUCAGUGCAGUCUCCAAAACAAAAUUCCACAUGCUAAGGCAUGUGACAAACGUCUUCACAUCAACAGUUCGAAUUAUGAACAGGAAUCCAAAGUAAUGUUUGUGAUCAACGCAGUGUAUGCCAUGGCUCAUGCUUUACACCAAAUGCAACGAACCAUGUGCCCGAAUACCACUAAGUUAUGUGAUGCUAUGAAGGUCCUAGAUGGUAAAAAACUCUACAAGGACUAUUUACUAAAAGUUAACUUUACAGCACCAUUCACCCCGUCAAGCAACACAAAUAGCAUUGUCAAAUUUGAUGCCUAUGGAGAUGGAAUUGGUUUAUACAAUGUAUUCAAUUUUCAGCAUAACAAUGGCAAAUACUCCUACCUUAAAAUUGGUCAGUGGGCAGAAACCCUGUCAUUGGAAGUAGAUGUAAUACAGUGGUCGAAGAGUUUGGUUCCAACAUCCCAAUGCAGUGACCCAUGUGCUCCCAAUGAAAUGAAGAAUAUGCAGCCAGGAGAUGUAUGUUGUUGGAUUUGCAUUCCUUGUGAAACAUAUGAAUAUCUGGUGGAUGAGUUCACUUGCAGCGAUUGUGGGCAUGGAAAAUGGCCAACUGCUGACUUAACAAGCUGUUUUGAUUUACCAGAAGACUAUAUUAAAUGGGAAGAUGCCUGGGCAAUUGGACCAGUGACUAUUGCAUGUCUUGGCUUUGUGUGCACAUUCCUGGUUGGGGGAGUAUUUGUCAAACACAACAGUACUCCCCUGGUGAAGGCAUCAGGUCGUGAGCUCUGCUAUAUUCUUUUAAUUGGCGUGUUUAUGUGUUACUGUAUGACCUUUUUCUUUAUUGCCAAACCUUCCCCAGUCAUAUGCACCCUUCGACGAUUGGGACUUGGAACUUCCUUUGUAGUCUGCUAUUCAGCUCUUCUAACAAAAACAAACCGCAUUGCCAGAAUAUUCAGUGGUGUAAAGGAUGGAGCCCAAAGACCAAAGUUUAUCAGCCCCAAAUCUCAAGUCAUUAUAUGCCUGAGUCUCAUCUCAAUUCAAAUUAUCAUUGUUUGUGUGUGGCUUGUGUUGGAGUUCCCUGGUACAAGACGGUACACAGUUCCUGAAAAAAGGGAAACUGUUAUAUUAAAAUGCAAUGUUAAAGAUUCCAGUAUGUUAAUCUCAUUAACAUAUGAUGUGGUCCUAGUUAUCUUAUGUACUGUUUAUGCCUUCAAAACAAGGAAGUGCCCAGAAAAUUUCAAUGAAGCCAAGUUUAUUGGAUUUACAAUGUACACUACCUGCAUUAUCUGGCUUGCUUUCCUGCCUAUAUUCUAUGUCACGUCAAGUGAUUACAGAGUCCAGACUACAACCAUGUGCAUCUCAGUUAGUCUGAGUGGUUUUGUAGUGUUAGGUUGUCUUUUUGCACCGAAGGUCCACAUUAUCUUGUUCCAGCCACAAAAGAAUGUUGUUACUCACAGACUUCAUCUAAACAGAUUCAGCGUCAGUGGAACAGCAACAACGCAUUCCCAGUCCUCAGCAAGUGCACAUUACACACCGACCAUUUGCAACGGAGGAGAAGUUCUUGAUUCCACAACAUCAUCGUUAUAA